CUUUGGCUCUUUACGGAUUAAAAUCUCUAUGCAAAUAUAAAGAACAUAAAAAUAAUAAAGAUAAUGGAAUUAAUAAAACUGGAUUUGCUAUUGAUCUAGCUUUGGCGGUUUUUUGGCUCGCAGCAUCCUUGGCUUGGCUCUCUCCAUUAUACUUAAACAAAUUAUACAUUUGUAACUCGCAAUCCGCUGAUCAAAUUACAUG